AUGAAAUUUGGUGAUAAUUUGAAUAACCUAUCUAUACCGGAGUGGAAAUCGUAUAAUCUCGAUUACAAUGAUAUAAAACUGAAAAUAAAACAGUUGACGAAAAGAGCGUCGACCUUGGAAGACGAUGAUCAAAGCGAUCUGACUCAGGCAACUGCAAUUAAUAAACUGGGCAGCCAUCGGCCGGUAACCUUGAAAUCUCUUCAAAACACAUUUAUUGACAAUUUUAAUUAUGUCGACCUUUUCAUUAUAACUAAAAGAGGAGAAUUGGAACGAAAAUUAUUACAAAACCAGAAGGUUUUCGGUAAAUAUUCACAACCAAACUCCCAUAUCAGCACGCUAGACUUUCAGAUAAAGUUGAAUGAGUUGAAAUAUCAAGUGUUGGAAAUAUCCAGAGUGCUAAGAAAUUUAAACAGGUUCAUUAUCCUACAGAAAGUGGCAUGCAAUAAGAUCUUUAAGAAAUUCUUGAAAUAUUAUCCGAAAGAGGAUACAGCCGCCAAAUUCAUACAUAACUUGAAAGUUUACCUUUCGACGAACCCUAACAGCUUCAUCAAUAUUGACUUAACCAAUUUGACGUUGGAAUUAUCCUUUUUCUUGGAUUGUACAGAUGAAGAACUAAAGAGAUUGGAAUCGACCCCUAAUGUAGAUGAAGAGAGAAGACAAUCAAAAGGCUCACUAUUUUCAAACAAAUCAUUCAGUUCGACGAGCCCCAAUUCUGUAACAUAUACCCCCAAUCCGCAUCCAUAUGCCAAGCUGAACAAUUCCCAUAAUCCAGUCAGUGUUCAAGCGCAUCCCAGAUUACACCAACAACAGAUACCUUCUUCAAACAACGCCAAGUUCGAUUUGGAUAUCGUGAUAAAAAAGAACUUCAAAAUUGACUGUUUAAUUGCUGAUAACCAUAAUUUAAAUGACGUGCUAUUGAAUUUACAUGUCUUAAUUAACUGUGAAAGUCUAAACGAUGAACUGACGUUGAGAAGAAAUUCUACAUCAUCUUUAGCGUCAUAUUUUCUGCAACAUACCUCUUCGAACACAAAUGCAUCAUCAAAUCAUUCAUUAUUGUCGUAUACGUACCUUACAUCUCCACAGUGGCAUACUAAAGAUUCUCUGGAACAGGGAAUUACGUCGUCUCCAGAGGCUGAAGUUCCAGCUUAUAUUAUAAGCCAAUUGAACCAGCCUACUUCAGUUAUAAUUAGUCAUGUAGGCGGAUUGAGAAGAUUUACGUAUUGCUUUUUGCCUAAUGAAAUUGUUCAAAUGCUUUUAAACCAUUUGAUAGAUCCGUCCGAAGAAGAGUUUGCAAACGAACUACUGGAUUGGUUCUCAGCGAACACUGUCAGCCCUCUCACCAAGAUGGCAAUAGAUUGGAUAUUAAAUAAAAAUUUGAAGCCUACUUUAAAAUUGAUAACAAAGAGAUCAAGAUACAUAAUCAGGAAAUCAGACAAUGACAAGAUUACUAGUACUGGAAAUAGUUUGAAUCAAGGGGAUGGAGAUUCAAAUAAUGGGGUUAUUAAGAAUAGCAGUGACGAUCUAGAAGAAGAUGAGUUACCUACCAGAAAUCUUGAAGAUGACUAUCUUCUUUGCUUGGACCAAGAUAUCGUAACCACCAACAACCCUCUCAAUGUUCAAAACAUUAACUUUGACGCAAGGUUAGCCGAUUUUGAAAGAGAUACAACUUGUAUUUCUAAUUUGUGGAAUGAUGAAUCUUAUGAUAAGUUCCCCUUUCAUCACUUUUCUAUAUCUUCAAACGACUCUAUUUUGUCCAAUUUUAGAAGAGAUAUGAAUAUAAAUUACCUCACAAACAAGUCGACAAACCAACCUAUAUUAGACAAUCCUAAUCAAAGGUCAUUGAAAAGAAUGCCACUUAAAAUUCAACAGCUUCUUGGCUUAACUUCAAUAAAUUUAUUCAAUGGAGAUUUGAGUUUUUACCAUUAUAUGCUUUCAUGUUAUUUCAACAAGCUUCCACCCCAUGAAUAUAUAAAUAGUCAUUAUAUGAAUUUGUUGACCUUGAAUUUGUUUAAGCAAAAUGAAAAUAUACUCACAACAAAUGAGAUGGCCAAAUUCCAUAACAAGAUGUUUGAUAAGAAAACACGUCAAAUUUUGAAGACCCAAUCUUCAUUAAGAUCGAUAAAGCUGCAUAGCGAAAGCAGUAAAAGCAGCAGACCGAUAUCAGCACCUCAUCCUUCACAGUAUCAACAAGCACAACCCCAGCAACAUUUUACUCAGCAUCCUGCGGAAGUUCAAGGUCUUCCAAUAAAAGAAGAAGAGAUACAACUUUUACAGAGUACUCUAUAUGAUUAUAAGUCGUACGGAGCGGUUAACCCACUUAACCACCCUCUUAACACAUAUGGACACAUUGAAGACUCAAAUUUUGCUAUUUUCGAUAGGUUUGUCAAUUUUGCGGCAGAUUUAAAGCAAAGAUUGACAGGUAAGAACAACAACUUUGAUUUAGAGGGUGGUAUGACUUUCCGUGAAUUACUUCUUAAUACGGAGAAUGAUGAUUCGAAUGAUGAGGACAGUGGCGAGAUUCGACAUGAAAAUGAUGCCUCAUCUUACUCAUCGGGAGAAAGACAUACUACCAUCAGAGAAAAGUAUGAAAUACGAUACAUGAGGAAUUACGACGAAAUCUUGUCCAUAAUAUACUUCUCGUUCUUCUUCAUCUCGCUUUUCAUAUCAGGUAUAAUUAUGGGUAUUGUAUACUCAUUAGUAGAACUUUCUACUGAAAAAUCUCAAUUCUUGAUUGAAGACAAUGUAUUCCUAAUUUUCAUCAUUAUCAUUGGUUUACUUUUGAGUUUGAUAUUUAGCAUUAUAAGUAUCAACUUGAAUCUUUCGAGAUAUCAGAAGGGACCGGCAUGGCAUUCAGUACUUGUGUGGUCAGGCGCCGGGUUUGUCUGUCUUUCAUUCAUUUGGUCAUUGGUGAUCUUAUUUGAAUAA